AUGCGAGAAACGCCUUUGCGCUCCGCGCGCUUCAGGGCACGCAUUGCCAUUGUUGGCGCUGGCUCCUGGGCACAGGGAUGGCACCUCCCGCACCUGCGACGCAAUCCGGCUGCGCAGCUGGUGGCCAUCGUUGACCCUGCCGAAAGGACCUGGAGCAAAUACAACUUAGACAUGAUGCCCACACCCGAGCUGGCAGCACUCUAUGGAGUACCUUUGUUCAAAGGCUUUGCCGAGUUUCUGCAGUCGGACAUCGCCAAGACGACCGAUGGUGUCAUCAUAUCCUCCACGCACUCGACCCAUUGUGAACUAGGACUGCAGGCGGCAGCAUCCGGCUUCCACAUCCUCGUGGAGAAGCCGAUGACGGCCAAUGCUGCGGAGGCUGCGGAACUCGCGGCCGCUGCCGAACGACUGAAAUCGUUGGGGAAAGCCUUCCUGGUGAACCACUCUGCCAACUUCACACGCCACGCACUUCGCGCCCGUGAGUUGGUGCAGAGCCACCUUGGGGAGAUCGAGCACGUGACCUGCUACAUGAUCAGGGAGCGGGAGUUCUUCGAAGACCCGGAGAAUCGGCUUUGGGUGGCCGCCGAGGGGUCCAUGACUGGAAAUGGGUUUGCUUGGGGGCAGAGCUGCCACACCCUGGCCUGGGUCUACAGGGUCACCGGGCUAGAGCCCGAAAGCGUCUUCUGCAAGAUGACCUACUCCAAGAGCACGGGCGCGGACAUCUUCACAUCGGCGCUGAUCCAGUGCACCAAUGGAGCCACGAUCUGCUGCCAGGGUCUGGCCGGUUUGCCUGGUGGUAAUGCCGUCGGUUCUGCGUCCAAGAAAGGCAAACUGAUCGAGAACAAGAUCUUUGGCUCAGAGGGCUGCCUGCUCUACAGCGGAGAUGAUGCUGAUCCUGCCUCUGGCAAGCUGGAGCUGCUCCUGGACAAUGGGUCGGUCCUAGUCGAGGACGGCUUCUUCUUUGAGAACACCUCGAAGGAGGGCCAUGGACCCGAAUCUCUGCAGUCCUUCCUGGCCGCUUGCAAAGGCGAAGACGUGAUCAAUGCCGCCGAUGCGACGAUCGGCCGACUGGUGGUUGAAACCAUUGACGCCAUGUACAAGAGCGCCAAAGACGGCUCAGUCGGACAGUCCGAUGGGUCGGACGAGUCGGAGUUCGAUCUCGAGAAUCCGCCUUUGGCUCCGCCAGCAGCCAGGGGUCCUAUCUACAGGUGCGAGGUGGUGCUCCCAGAAACCGUCCUCCAAGAGGGAUCCUCGGUGCAUGGCUUCCACCUGGCACCCUGGGAGAAGCACGAGGAGUACUGGGAACAGCUGAAUCAGGAGAGCCCUGCUCAGGGCAGCCCUGUUAGUCUAAGCCGCAUGCAGAAAGCUGCCAUGAGCGAGUGGUGCUGCAUGGCCGAGUGGCUACGCCGCCAAGGCCACCGGGACCUCGAGCCGAAGAUUUUUGAUGGCGUACCGGAUUCCAGCAAAAUCCGACAGGGCCGAGUCACAGAUUGCUCUCUGAUGUCGGUGCUGUCGGUGCUCGCUGACUACGAGAGAACUUUCGGAGAUCCCGUUCUUCGGAACAUCCUUCACCCGGCUUUGGUUCCGAAUAGUGCACCUCCUGCAGCGCAGCACUAUGCAUGCCGCCUUUUCGUCAAUGGCAUGCCGAGAUGCGUGGUCGUAGAUGACACCGUCCCUGUAGCAACUAAUGGUCGGCUGCUCUGUGCUCACUCAGCAGUCCCUCACGAGCUCUGGGUCUUACUUAUCGAGAAAGCCGUGGCCACGAUUAUGGGCGGCUCUUACGCCAUGAGGGGCUCGAAUCCCUGCACCGAUGCGUUUCACAUCACCGGCUGGAUACCGGAGACGUUCCCUUUGAAGCCAGACUGUGAAGGUGCCCCAUCGACGGAAAGUGAGUUUAUGGAGAUGUUCGACACGGCACAGAAGGGUUUUACAAAUGGGCAGUGUGUGGUCUGCGUGGGAACCACAGAGAUAGCGGAUGCGACCUCCAAUGAGCUAGCGGUGCGCUCUGGUCAUGUCGAAGGCGUCAGUGUCUCUACCGGCCUCGUGGCUGGCCAUGCCUACCCGGUUCUCCGCUGCUGCACGGUACAGGGACGCCGGCUCCUGUUCCUGAAGAACCCCUGGGGCCACACGCGAUGGAAGGGCAAAUUCUCUCCUGGAGAUGUCCAGUGGCAAGCAAACCCGGGUCUUGCCGAAGCUCUGAACUACGACAACACGGCGGCAGCUUCGCGGGAUGAUGGAUCCUUCUGGAUUUCUUGGGAAGAGGUUUUACGAUUCUUCAGCCACUUCUACAUCGCUUGGUCGCCUGCAGCCCUGAGCCUUCACUCGUUUGCCGUCCAUGGUUGCUGGAAUCCUUGGCCUCACUUCGUGCACAGCACCCUGACGGAUGACACAGAUCUUCUGGCCUUCAACCCACAGUUCCGGGUGCGGCUCAAACGAGCGCCUCCGGUGAACGAGGAGGUGGGCCUUUGGGCUGUGCUUAGCCGGCACAUUCGGUCUCAGGCGGAUUACAACUCGCACUUCGUGUCGGUCAGCAUCUACCAGGGCGGCUCCAGGGUUUGCUGUCCAAACUCUGUCUUGGAGCAAGGCGUCUUCUCCAACGGCGAGUGUGCACUCGUCAAGCUUCGGAACGAUGCGGCGAACUCCAACAGCGACUUCACCCUGGUUGUUUCGCAGCAUGGGGCCAAGCGAGAGUUCAACUACACCCUUCAAGUCUACACACAAAGAGAGGUCAUCAUAGAAGAGCUGCCACCCCUGGUGCCCAGCAGCUACGCUUCCAGCGCAGUCCGCGGCGAGUGGACGCGCCGAACGGCCGGCGGUUGUAGCAACAGCGUGUGGUCGUACUUUCAAAACCCGCAGUGGGCAUUCGAUGUGCCUGCUGGUGGCCUCGACGACCUCAUACUCUUCCUAGAGAGCCCAGGUGUUUCCGUCAACGUGCGCGUGUUUACCGGAGCUGUCGCCAGACCCGAAGCUGUCCGAAGCGCAGCAUCCAGCGGUGCGUACCGACGUGGCUGUUGCAUUCUGCGGCUGCGCGAGCUCCCACCCGGCCCUCACGUCGCCGUGGUGUCUUCAUUCCGCUCCGGUAUCUGUGCACCCUACCGACUAGCAUGGCACAGCUCAACUGCCAUAGGACUUGCUCCUCAGCCGCACCCCUUCGUGGAUGGGGCACUGGCACACCCGAUGAAAUCGCUGGUCCAGCAGAUCCAGGCAGAAGUCGUGGUUGGACUUCCGGGGCUUGCGUCUUGUAGUCCAUAA